GACACGAAAAAAUAUUCUUUUAUCUCGCCAACUUCCUAAACCGACAGGGCAGAAGUCAAACCACGUUUAUGUAAGACGGCGUAUUGACGAUAGGUUCUUGUAAGCAAUUUUAAAUAAAUUGCCUUCAUACUUUGGUUCUACAAUGUUUGAAACUGCACGAGAAAUUAACGAAGAUAAAAUUUAUUCUGGCAACAACCUACAUCAACCAAAAACAUAAUGAACAAAUUAUUUAAGCACGCUUUUCUUUCAAUCUUUUAACUCUAACUGUGCUAUAACACAUACCUUGAAGUAAAAAAUAAAGUAGAAGAAUUAGCAAGCAAACUUUAUGAAGAUCAACACAGGUUCCAAGAGAAACAUCUUCAAAAAUGUUGUCAUUUAAAAUAAAUUUCUAUAAGUACCUAUCAACAAGAAUCUCAACAUUACUUUUUACACUGAAAAAUCGUGUUAUAUCUUUUCUCACAAAACGAUUGUUCAAAGGGUGUUGAAGAAUGUACUAACAAAAGCGACUAUAUUCGAACGCAGAGGAAAAUUACAGGAACUAAAGCGUAAGAUCGGAGUGAAAUUUUCAAGCAACGAGUACAGCCACCUCAGCGGCUCCAGGAUGUGCCCGGAGAAAUGUGCGGGAAUAAGCCAACAGCGCGAAAGAGCGCCCUGCGGAGCCAGAACUGCAUGUUGGUACGGCUCCAGUGUAGGAGUAAAACGAGUAUAUAGGUCUGAGAGGAAAGAAGAGCGGAUGAUAGAGAAAAGAGAGAAAGAGACAGGGGGUCCAGGGGCCAGAAAGCCAGAAACCGAGCGAGCCAGCCAGUCGGACCAUCCAGCCAGCCGAGCCAGAGAAAGGAGAGAGGACGACGCCGAUGAUGAAUCACCCACCGGGAGUGAGCAUAAGAGUAAGAGAAAGAGAGAGGAGAGCAAUAAGAGGGCGCGCUACGCAAAAAAGGUUCCACGCUGGAACGCGUUAGACCGAGUCGCUAACUGACUUAUCUACACAUCAGGAUAUCAAGAUCCAGUGCCUCGAUAUGCUGGUGUAAUGAGUCCUGCCGUGUAUUUCGAUUGCACUCGGGUACAACGCAGGUCUAUCCGGAUGAUGACGAAUGUGGUCUCUUCACGGUCGCCUUCGAUUUCGGGAAAUCAAAUAUGUCAGGUAUGAUCGAGUGCAUCGGAUGGAUAGAGCGUUAUUCAUUACCAAAUGGUUUGUCUCGUCAUUAGGUGGUUUGUGCUCCUAUACAGCAAGUUACUUCAUAGAGUACAUGAGUUGCAGUUACAGUAAGUUCUCAUAGAAGUACAGUAGGUUCUUCAUUAUCAAAUGGUUUGUCUCGUCAUUAGGUGGUUUGUGCUCUUACACAGCAAGUUACUUCAUGAAGUACAUGAGUUGCAGUUAAGUACAGUAGGUUCCCAUCAGGUAGCCCACAUAAAAGCUAUCAUCCGACUUCGAAUGGAAUCCAAAGAUCAUUUUGGUCGAAGAAUCUUUUGCAGAAAAGGAGGUGUUUGGCUAGGCAGAAGAGACUCGCAGGGGUCGAACGGUGGCCGUCGCCGAGGAAAUUGGGUUCGUCUCGCGAAAGCAGAGCCGGGGGAAAACGAGGAAGCGAAAGAAAGGAAGCAGUUCCAGUAUCAUCAAAGACCACGUGGAUCGCUUGGCUGUGGACGUGUGCACACCGAUACGAUUUUAUAUAGAAGUUGCGUUCGCUUGGUCACGGGUAAUGGUUUUACGAGCGUCAAGGGUGAUAUAAAGAAAAUGAAAAACACACCGGCGUUGCUGGCAACAUGCGCGGGAUAUAACUACGUUGCCUGCCGGUCCCUUGCUUUCUGUCGUCCGCUUCUUCUUCUCCUUAAGUUUAGACGCUCGAGGGAGGGCGGGGGAGACGAUAGCCUAAUAUCGGCCACCUCAAAAUUCCAACCCCUCGAGUAACCAGCCUGGAAUUCAACUCCCCGAGGAGUGCGUCACAAUUAGUUCUCAUAUUUUGCCACCAUCCUCCGGUACACACCGGCGAGCAAACUUUUUUCGCGCUACUUCGCGCCAACAUGAUUUAUGCGGCCAAGAAGCGUAAACUUUCGGCCGGAAACUUUUAUUCCAUUGUCCGUUUUUAGUUGAAAACGAAUAAUUUACCGCGGGAACGGCAGGCUGAUGCGAGAAUAAUCUCUCAUGGGAUCGAGGGGGACCCGUAACCGAGUCCCGGUUUAACCCUCCCGUAAUUCGAAGGAUCCGCAACUUUCUCAGACGUUAUAAUAACGAAGGGAGAACAGCGAAAGUGAAGUACUUCAGAGUAACACCCUCUCGUUUCUUUUUAAUGUAUCGUGGAACGAAUUAUACUUAUUUAACUGCUUGUACACAAACAGGUACACUCCAACU